GUGAGAGGCGGGAUCAGCCCCGGGCGCGGCCGUGCGGGUGGGCGGCUCCGGGAGCUGCGGGCUCAGGGCCUCGCGGGGCCUCCCCCGCACCUCCCGGGGCUCGUAUGUCGGCGUCUCCUCUUCCCCACCCCCCGGUCUCGCGUGGGCCCCGCGUGCUGGGCAGAGGAGCUGUUUUAGACGGGCAGAGCCCGGUGCUUCUGUCGCUUUUGUUAGAGGAAACCCCGCCGGGGGUUUCUGUUCCUCUUUCUGCAGAGCCCCUUUCUUCACCCCUCCUCUCGGGCCGCCCAGGUCUGCUGUCGGAUGCCAUGACAGAUGUUCCCGUGGAUGGCGCUGCCUCAGCCAGGACCUCUGUGCCUGAAGGGCUGACUCUUGCUGAGGAGGAGGAGUUGAGAUCCGAGCUUGCCAAGGUUGAAGAAGAAAUUGGUACUCUCAGGCAGGUCCUGGCUGCUAAAGAGAGGCACUGUGGUGAGCUGAAGAGGAAGCUGGGUUUGACUCCCUUGGAUGGGUUAAAGCAAAACCUCUCUAAAAGCUGGCACGACGUCCAAGUCUCCAAUGCUUAUGUGAAAACAUCUGAGAAACUUGGAGAGUGGAAUGACAAAGUGACACAGUCUGACUUAUAUCUUUCAGCCAGCAGCACACUGGAGGACUGGAAUGAAAAAUUAACUCAAUCAGAAGCUUAUAAGAAGACCCAAGAAACCCUUUCCCAGGCAGGACAGAAGACUUCAGCAGCCCUUUCCAACGUAGGCUCUGUUAUCAGCAGGAAGCUUGGUGACAUGAGGAAUUCUGCAACCUUUAAAUCGUUUGAAGAUCGAGUUGGGACCAUAAAGUCCAGAGUGGUGGGCAGCAGGGAAAACAGCACUGAGGGCCUCCACUCCCUCUCAGGAGCUGGAGAUAAAGCUCCACAAGACAACGCCCCGUUCUAGACCCGCGCUGUGGCUUUGCACGACUAGGAGCCAGCCCCCUCCCUCCCAACCCUUCACAACAGCAACACCAUGCGAAGCCAAGAAGGGGCUGAGAGCCACUCUGCAGAGAUCCAUCCUUCAUCCAUAGACACUGCUGCUGGAUCCAAGGCAAAUCAAGAGAAUGCAAAGUUUUGUACACAGAUAAUAUUUUACACUAAGGUUUGUAGAUGAGAUGUGUCACUGCUGUCCUUUGGGGAGAGCAGGUGAGACGGAGUUUCCUUCAGGUAGCUCAGAAAUGCCACUGCUAUAGAUAAAACCAGUUUUCCCUUAUCUGACAUAACUCAGAAGAGGUGCAAUGUCCUGAGCAGGAGGAGGAGGGCAGUUACUGGAGAAGCCAAGUGCAUGGGCCUCUGAGCUUCAGCCUCUGGCUGUGUUGUGUGCUCAGGGCCUGCCCUGCAGCGACUCCCUCGGCUCCCUGGCUUCUCCUGUUGCUGACGGCUCUGGCUCUCAUUGGAGUUGUCUGGUAAAGGGGUUAAACAGUUGGUUGUGGUUGUUUCUUGUUUUUGCUUUUCUGGGCUCCCAAAAGGGAAACUUCACCUAGCAGCUGUCUCGUUCUUACACUAAUGCUCUAGCUUUAACACAACUAAGAAUCUUUAUUUUUAAAUGCAAUGAACUUUAAAGAAAUAAAGCCUGAGAAAAAAAAAAGCAGCUUUGGCAUCAUAUUAGGGAAAUGCUCCCUUGGACUCAGACUGAAUUGCUAGCCUUACAUCACCUUAUGCUUCACUUGGCCAUGACUUUUGUUUCCCUAGAGAAGAGCAGGAGGGUGGCAGAGCUGGAUGCUCUCGGGGGGUUUUGCAUUGCGCAGCCGCAGCAGCUUGCUUCUCAGCCAGAUCUUGUGUUCAGUUCAGUGGUGCACUCUGCUUCCCCAGCGUGUGAAACUUGCUUCUCCCUUCUCAAUUUAUGCCUUUUGUUCUUGGAGGAGGAAUUCCUGAAGGCUGCUAGCAACGGGGCCAGAUGAAAGAGGCCAAAGCUGUCGCUUGCUCUGUGAGCUCCUCCAUCUGGUACAUCUGUGACUGGAUGGGUUUUUGUUGAAAGCCCCAACUCUAACCUUGGUUUACACAACUGGCAGAGUCAGAGCUCAACCAGUUCCCCCAGGGGCUGAUGUUUUGCUCUUUUCAUGUCCAGCUUCAUUGCUCAGGAGCUGAAAAGCUCUGAGUUUUCUUCUCGAGGCCUGAUCUUAUUCUAGGCAAGGUGCCUCCACCUAGAAACAACCUAGAGUGAGCAAUUCUGUGCCUUAGAGGCAAAGGGGUACUUACUUGGGUCUUUAGACUUGCUUAUGUACAUAGUGGGGUAGUUUUAGUGGUUUAUUACCCAGGAGGGACUGAACUGUCCCUGUCCCUUCUUUAGAGAAGCAAGUUUUGGCACUCACCUGCUGAUAAACCUGUUUCCCCCACCCCUGCUCCUCUCCCUCAGUGCCCCAGGAUGACAUCCCUGCAGGCAGAUGUGCAAGGCAGUGGGGGGAGUGCAGGGUGUCAUUUCCUGGUGCCUCUGGCUGACCUCGGCCUUGCUGUGAGGAGCAGAGCUGGUGGAAAGGGGCUGCUGGAGCUUGGGCAUUGAACUGUUUCUCUAUCCAGAUAAACAGUGAGGAAACUUGUCAAUAAAGCGUUCCUUUGGGAGAAA